UUUUUUUUCCACCUUGUUCAUGUGAUAUGCACUCGAGUAUGGCUUCUUUAAGCAUCACCAUUCACUGAGCUGCAUUAAAGACAGUCUAAAUAUACUUGGAUGCAUUUGCCAUCAAGGAAAAAUCCUCCCUUAUACCAAUCCCUAUCUCCUUCGUCCCUUCACCUCCCCAUCUCCCCUCCUCCAUUGCGUCAAACUUCCAACCUCCAGGGCCGCACAAACAUCCAAAACAGAAAGAAGAAAAAAGUCGAGCACUUCUCUAACAACAAUGCUCAACGUCACGACCACGACCACCCCUCUCUCCAAUCCACAGAAGAAGAUUCCCAACCUCCUCCCCCUCCUCCUCCUCAUCGCCUUACUCUGCUCCGCCUCGUACCUCCUCGCCGCCUUGCAGCGCACCUCCGGCGGCGGCGCCGCCCCCUUCUCCUACUCCCUCCACCCCUCCCCCCCAUGCACCAAACUCUCCUCCUCCUCCUCCAACACUACCGCCACCGCCAUCUCCUCUACCGUCAUCGCCGUCGACUUCACCGCCCACCACGGCUCCGCCGCCGCCGCCGGCCGCCGCCACUUUCCCGUUUGCGACGCCAUGUACACCGAUUACACCCCAUGCCACGAUCACAGCCGUUCGUCGAAAUUCCCGCGCGAGCGGCACGCCCACAUGGAGCGGCACUGCCCAGCGAAGAACGAGCUCCUUCGAUGCCUGGUGCCGCCGCCGGCGGGGUACCAACGGCCGCUGCCGUGGCCGGAAAGCCGGGACGCGGCGUGGUUCGCGAACGUGCCGCACCCGAAGUUGGUAGUGGACAAGGGGAAGCAAAACUGGGUCGGGGUGGAAGGCGACCGCUUUCGGUUCCCCGGCGGCGGGACGACGUUUCCUUGGGGAGCCGACGCUUAUAUCAAGGAGAUCGAACGGCUGAUUCCUCUUCGUGAUGGGUCCAUCAGGACAGCGCUGGACGCCGGAUGCGGGGUAGCUAGCUGGGGAGCUUACCUUCUAUCUCGGAGCAUCCUUACCAUGUCCUUUGCACCGAGGGACAGCCACAAGGCUCAGGUCCAGCUCGCCCUCGAGCGCGGCGUCCCUGCGAUGCUUGGCAUCUUCGCCACCGAUCGCCUCCCCUACCCCUCGAGGGCCUUCGACAUGGCCCACUGCUCUCGCUGCCUCAUUCCAUGGCACCUCUAUGACGGGCUCUACCUAAUUGAGAUCGACCAAAUCCUUCGGCCUGGGGGGUACUGGAUUCUUUCAGGGCCACCAAUCAAUUGGAAGCAACACUGGAAAGGCUGGCAGAUGAAACAGAAAGAUCUAAGGGCUUUGCAAUCCACCAUCGAAGCCAUCGCAAGGAGCCUCUGCUGGAAGAAGCUGAAGGAGAAGGGAGACAUCGCAAUAUGGCAGAAGCCCGCCAACCAUAUCGAAUGCAAUGCUACCCGAAAGGCCUCGCUGAUGCCGGGGUUCUGCUCAGCUCAAGACCCGGAUGCUGCAUGGUACACAAAAAUGGAAGCCUGCAUCACUCCCCAGCCUGAGGUGGCUGGAAUGCAAGAGAAAGCGGGAGGAGAACUGAAGAAAUGGCCUAAGAGACUGAUGGCAGUGCCGCCAAGGAUCGGUAGUGGAAGCAUCAAUGGUGUUGCACCCAAGAUGUUCUUGAAGGAUACUGAGCUGUGGAAGAGGAGAGUGAGGUACUACAAGGAAGCAAGUACAGAAUUAACGCAGAAAGGGCGGUAUCGCAAUCUACUCGACAUGAAUUCAGGGCUUGGAGGAUUUGCUACUGCGCUGAUUGAUGACCCAGUGUGGGUCAUGAACAUGGUUCCGACCAUUGCGACGGCUGACACCCUUGGAGUCAUCUAUGAGCGUGGAUUAAUUGGAACGUAUCAUGAUUGGUGUGAAGCCAUGUCUACUUAUCCCAGGACUUAUGAUCUCCUCCAUGCUGACUUGGUGUUCACCCUUUACAAAGACAGGUAGUUAAAGG